CCUACCAAUCACAGCCUGAGGCGCGUCUUUUCGAAAUUCGUGCUCAGCGUUUCGGGGUGCUUUUCUCCUUCCGCCAAGCCAGCGUGGUUGGAGGUUAAAAGAGUCCGGCCGCUGAGGGCCGCCUGCCUCAGGCAGCUGAGUGCUCCGCAUGCCGCCGGCCAUGGCCGCGGCCGGCAGGUGAGGGCGGCAGGCAGCGGCGGCCGUUUCGAGCUGCUCGGCCCGGCCCCGGCCCUGCGGGUGAGAUUCCUAACAUCCGAAGAUGCCGCUCUUUGGGAAAAUCAUUGUGAUUAAACGGAAUGGGACUGAUGGAAUUCAUUUUCCACUCACUGCAAAUUCUUGUUUAUUUGGAAGGAAGGCAGAAUGUGAUAUUCGCAUUCAGUUGCCUCAGGUCUCUAAAGAACAUUGCAAAAUUGAAGUAAAUGAAAACAAGGAGGCAAUACUGACUAACUUAAGUACAGUGAAUCCUACACAGCUGAAUGGCAGUUGUUUUCAGCAACCUGUACCUCUGAAGCAUGGAGAUGUGUUCACUAUUAUUGAUCGUUCUUUCAGAUUUGAAUAUCCUCCCCAAUCAACUCCAACAAAGAAGCGUUCUAGAUCUCCAAAAAAUGAAACACUGCAGGUUCUUCAUGUUCAGCAGGUGGCAGAAGUGGAAUCAUUACACAAACAAACUUCAGGAUCUAAAAGUCUUCAUGAUUCUGAUAAUAUUGAGUGUGAAGAACAAAAUACUGAUGAAAAUAAACAAAGUACAGAGGAAAGUAUCUCCAAAGCUUUACCCGUCAAGCUACUAACACCCAAAUCUUUAUACAGAAUCCAUCGAUCUAGUAAAAAGGAAAAUGAAAUGUCUCCUUUUAGUAAACUUUAUGAAACACUGAAACAUGAGAUUGAAGUGAAAAAAACUCUGCAAGAAGGAAAUGUAUCUCAACAAGCCAGAGAAGAAGAUGGCAAGAGUGUGUCACUAGAAUCCAGUGGUCAGACUUCAUCAGCAGGUUAUGCUUAUGGUCUUGGAAGCCUGACUAAAGAAACAGAUGGAAGUGAAACUACUGAAGAGUAUAAAGCGAAACAAGAAGUGAUCAAUUCAGAAUUUAAUGUGAUCGCAGCUGCAGGAAGUGCAACCAAGAGCAGCUUUCCCAGAAGUCCCCAAACUUCUGCUUCAAAUGAGACUUCAAAUGAGAUGUCAAGAGAUAUUGGUAAGAAAAUUCAUUUGCAGGAUCACAAGGAACAAAAUAUAUCAGGCAUAUCUGAAAGUAUUGAAAUUACGAGCAAACCAAAUAAAGACAAUGAUGGAAAUGCAGCAUGUUCACCUAAGCCAUGCUCUAUAGAAUGCUUGGGUUAUGCAGAUGAAACAAAAAUAUAUUCCUCUGCAAAAAAAAUAGAACGACCAGCACAAACAACUGCUGUAACAAAUGUAGCUAGCAGAACUAGUGUUUCUCAAAUAGAUGAAUGUGUUUUGUCUACACCAAGGUCCAAGAGAAAGAGUCUUUGGUCUCGUUCCAUGUUCUCUGCCAAAGAAACUGGUGGAAUGUGUUGUGUGAAUACUGAUAUUCCAACAACGCAACACGAUGUAUUGUCGGAACGUAAGACUUUUUCAGAAGUUUCAGCUGAACCUCGAAAGGAAGAUAUAGUGUGCAGAAAUGAUAGCCUCAAACAACUGCCUUUGGCAGAAAAUACAUGUUUAAAACAAAGGCGCAAUAGUAAACAAUGUACACCAGGAAAAUCCGUAAAAGAAGAAGUGCUGAAAGAAGUUUGUGAUCAGACAAACUUUGUUAACUCAAAAGAGAGAGAUUCUGAAACUUCUGCCUCUUUGUCUAAUUCAGAGAGUCCCAGAAGAAACAUCAGGCGGAGUAAAGAACUAUUAAACAAAAGUGUGUAUUCAGAGGCACGGCGUUCAGAAGAAUUAACACCAGAAGUUGCAUCUCCUGCUAGUCAAAAAUCUAGCCCUGGAAGAAAAAGGGGUAGACCAAGGAGCUCUGGACUGCUAACUAAAAAAGCACUAGAGCCAGAUGCAGUUCAAGAUCAUCAUGAUAAGUCUGUAGAUAGAAAAGACAGUGGAACUAAAGAGGAGCUGGCCACAAAUGCUGAUCAACAGAAACUAGAUUUGGAAGAUGCCAGUGUUCUCAGGCCUCGUAAAUUGUCAUCAAAAAGGUCUGGAAGUGCUGCCAUACUGAAAGAAGAUGAGGUUGUCUCAGAAAUGAGUAUUUCUAGCCUGUUGGCUGAAGAAGAGGAAUCAGGUAAAGCAAGAAGAAUAUCUCAGAAGGGGAAAAGCGGUGAUUCGUUACUUCCACCUUUAGGAAAAAGAAAGAGGGUGUCUUUUGGUGGUCAUCUAAGCCCAGAACUUUUUGAUAAAAGUUUACCUCCCAAUUCGCCCCUUAAAAGAGGUGCCAUUCCUGCAAGACUGAGCUUACCAUUUGGAAACUCGCCACGUGCUGUUCUGAAGAAGGCUCAGGGACUGAAGCGUUUUUCAGUCCAGGAACUUCCUGAACAUUUGCCAAAAGAAAAAGUGUCACCAAAAAAUUUGCUGACCCGGAGGUUCCCAGCUGCCUCAUCCCCUGUUUCUGGAAAAGCAACGCCUAAAUUUACCUUAAGCUCUCCGGCACCUUACACUAAGGGCCGUUUCUCUGUUUCUUAUGUCACGACGCCAUCACCAGUUGCAGAGGAGCAGGAUGCUGUUGCAAAAGAUGCCAAUACCCAGGAGAAAAAUGGUGCUCAAGUAAAAACACCCAAUUCUUCUCACGUUAAUGAAGAUGAUAAAACUUUAACAGCUACAACUAACAAAUUAACAAGAAGUGCACAGCUUACUUUGAAGAACACUCCCAUGAAGAGGAGAAGUGGGGCUGUAGCAGUUAUUAAUGCAAAAAGAAGAAGUGGUGCCUCCAGUGCCAAUUUGCUAGUUGCAAAAUCUUGGGCAGAAGUGGUAAAGUUAGGUGUUGCAAGACCACAAGCAAAAGCCAUUAAGAAGUCUGUCCUAAAAGGAAGAUCAGCAAAGAAGAUAACACGAUCACCAAAGACUCCAGAAAGAAAAGUAAAAGGUCAUUUUAGUACAGGUCAUGCAGAGUCUCCUGCUACCAUAGUUGUAGGCAGAGCUUAUACCACAACAGUCAGAAUGGCUGGACAGGUCCCUAAAGUGGUAAAAAAUCCUAUCUUGAAACAAAACAUGGAUAUGGAUGAAAGUUUCACAGGAAUCACUGAGAUGUUUCAGACUCCGGAAGAUAAAAGUGGAAAAAGACUACCUUUGUCUGCUGUUCAGAAGACUGCUUUUACACCAGCAUGUACUCCAGUGGAAGUUUCAGAGUUGCACACACCUGAAGAAUCUGGAGAGAUGAUAGUGUCACCCUUAAAUAGUUCAGAUGCUUCAGAACAGAAACAAUAUAGUCAAGACAUCUGUCAUUUUCUGAGAGACGAAGAGUGUCUGAAGUCUAUGGUUGAUGCAAUUUCCACAAAUACUCCUGAAAAAAAAGAAGCUAUGCUGGAAGAAAAUGUUGGCCUGGACAGUUUGCUAAUAAAUCCGGAAAAACGUACAUCUCGGGUGAAAUUAGGAAUUAAAAGCAGGACUCCAAAACAGAAGCUGGAGCCAGUGGAGGCCCUCUCAGGCAUCAAGCAGCUCAUGAGAACACCAAAGCAGAAACCAGAGCCAGUGGAGGCCCUCUCAGGCAUCAAGCAGCUUCUCAGGACCCCAAAGAAGAAGCCGGAGCCAGUGGAGGCCCUCUCAGGUGUCAAGCAGCUCAUGAGGACCCCAAAGCAGAAACCGGAGCCAGUGGAGGCCCUCUCAGGCAUCAAGCAGCUCAUGAGAACACCAAAGCAGAAGCCGGAGCCAGUGGAGGCCCUCUCAGGUGUCAAGCAGCUCAUGAGGACCCCAAAGCAGAAGCCGGAGCCAGUGGAGGCCCUCUCAGGCGUCAAGCAGCUUCUCAGGACGCCAAAGCAGAAACCAGAGCCAGUGGAGGCCCUCUCAGGUGUCAAGCAGCUCAUGAGGACUCCAAAGCAGAAGCUGGAGCCAGUGGAGGCCCUUUCAGGCAUCAAGGAGCUCAUGAGGACCCCAGAGCAGAAGCUGGAGCCUAUUACAAAUGAAACUGCCAUUAAAAGAUUGCUGAAGACUCCAGUGGAAGCAGUUAAAGAUAUGGCGGGUGUUAAAUUAAUUAAGAAAACUCCGAAACUGAAAUAUCAACCAGUAGAAGAUAUGAUUGGGGUUAGCCGUAUUUUCAAGACACCAAAGGAAAAAGUUGAACCAGUAGAAGAUAUGUUUGGAAUUAGUAGAUUAGUGAGGACUCCAAGAGAGAAAUAUCAUCCAGUUGAAGAUUUUGUGGGUCUGGAAAAGCUUAUGGCAGAACCCAGGCAAAAAUGUUCAGAUUUUGAAGUGGAAUAUGUUGGAGUUAAGGAGAUGUUUGAUAUACCAGAGGAAAUCAAGGCCAGAUCAAUAAAUAUUACGGAUCUUGAGCAAGAAGAUACUAUACCUCCUUGUACUAAUUCCAGUCAUGAAUAUGAAGACAAAGGAAAUGUUUCAGAAGGUGAAGAUUCUCAACAGACAAUAUCACCCAGCAAAGACCAGUCUACCAAGAGGCAAACAAGGGGCAGAUCAAGGAAGACAGCGCAUCCUAUGUCAGUAAAACAGCGUGAAAAGAAUCUAGAGGAAGAUGUAAAUUUAAAAGAAUUGCAAGCUCUGGAAAAAAAGAGCACUCGAGAGGGGCGUGGAGUGGUUAGUCCUUCAACUUCGGUAGCUAAAAAUCUGGGAAGAGAAAAGAGCACAAAUCGUUACAUGCAAGAAGAAAUUGUUUCAAAGCACACUGAUCAUGAAAAAGCUGAAAUUGUGUCAUUUAUGGAAUUACGUGGAGCUGCUCAAAGACCAAGAAGAGGUAAAAAGAAUGAACCAAAGGAGUUAAAACAUCAAAGUGAGAGUCUUGAGUGUUGUGAAAAAGAUCCUUCAGUGCCAGAAAAAGAACCUGCAAAUAUAAAACAGACUUUGCAGGAGUAUAUCAUCAAUGAUAUAUUAAUAACUGAAUAUGGUCAAAACGUAAAGACAGAAAGUAUGUCUAGUAGCAUUCAAAAUGCAGAUUGCCAACUUCUGCAAACAGAGUUCAAAAUAACUGAAAACAAAUCUAAUGAACGUAGUAUAGAAAACAAUGAAGAAAUGCUUCUGUCACCUAAAAAAACAUCUAGAGGAGAGAAAAGAGUAGAAACCACAGAACCAGUAAUUCCACCUAAAAGAGUAAAAAGAGGAAGAAAUGACCAAGUCAGACAAUCACCUUCAGAGGAGCUUCAUGGGGCAGUGAAGAAGCUCCGUAAGGACCCUUCAACAAAGAUGACACAAGGAGAUGAACAGUCUUUUAACAAAGAUAUCAUUGAGACUACCCCAACAGAAAAAUCUGAAAUCAGAAAUAAACAUGAUAUAAAGGUGGUAGAAAAAAGAGGAAAAUUUUUAAGAAAUGCUAGAAAGCAUUUGACUGAAAUAAAACCAGAAAUUUGCAGGAUGGCACCUGAAAAUAUGCAAAAUGUUCAAGAAAGCAAGGAAACUUCAGCAGAAACUGUUAUUGAAACACAAUCACACAUGAAAAAUGAGAGGAAAGUAUGUCAGGGAGAUGAAGCUGAAAAUGCACAGGGAAGUGCAACAGAGGCAUCUCAAAGAUUAAAGUUGGAGUCACCUUUUGGAGAGACGAACAAAGCACCCACUACUGUUCUGUACUUGGAAACAAACAGAAGCGCAAUACAAGAAACAAGCAGAACUAGAAACAGGAGAGUCAAAAAGGACACUCUGGAGAAAAAGGCUGAUGAAUUUGUCAAAGAUGUAAAUAGCCUGAAAGUAACUGUGCCCAAACUUAAGUCAGAAACAGAAUUGGAGGGAUCUUCUGUCAGGAAUUCUUCAGGCUCUCCCUGUGUCAAGGACAUGAACGACGCAGCUGCAACAGCAAUACCUGCUGCAGACAGUGACAGUGCUGCUCGUAGCUGUCAAAAGCAGACAAAAAAUGAACAGGAAGUACUUAAACCUCAACAAAUUGAAAUCCUGCAAGAGAGCCAAACACAAAGAAAUGAGACUACUUUUAGAAGAGGCAGAGGGAAAAAAGUUAAUUUUGAACUUGAAGCUAAUUCCAAAGCACUUAGAGGAAAGCAUUUACCUGGAGAUGAUAAAGGAAUAACGUAUAAAGAUGGUCAACAUGGCACUUCAGAAAAUGCUUCCUCACAAGUAAGGAGGAGCAGCAGAAGAAAGCAAGUUGACUCCAUUCCACCAACAGCUUGUUCUACCUUUACUAAAAAACAAACAUUAAUUGAAGAUCAUAGUAAAGAUGAGACUUUUGUAAAAGAUCAAGAUCCAUCUUUGGAAGCUACUCUCUCCUCAACAGAAGAGAAUCCACUGAGAUGGGGCAAAAGAGGAGAGGUUGCUGUAGCAUCACAAACCACUAGUUCUCUUUCUGUCAGAAAAAAAUGUGGGUUGCCAGAAGGUGAUGAUAAAAAGAUGACUGUGAAAGAAGAUCAAAAUACGGCUUUGGGAAAUAAAACUUCCCAGGCAAAAUCAAAUGCAGCAGCAAGGGACAAAAGAAAAAAGAUCGAUCCAGCAGCAGAGGCAAAAAGUUCAUCUUCUCUCCAGAGAAAAUGUGGCUUGUCAGAAACCGAUGAUAAAGAGGAGAGCUCUAAUCAAGAACAAAAUACGCCUUUGGAAACCACGUCCCCUGCAAAAGAAAAACCAUUAGGAAGGGGCAGAAGGAAAGGAGCUGCUUUGAUGUCACAUACAACUAAUUACAUUUCUCUUAGAGGAAGAUGUGGUGUGCCAGCAGAUAAUGGCAGAGAAGAGACUCUUAAAGAAGAUCAAAGUCUGCCUUUAGAAACUGUCGCUUCAUCUGUAAAAGAAACUCAGCUGAAGAAAGGCAGAAGGAAAGAAGUUGCCAUCUUGUUAGAAGCAACAAGUUCUACUUCUAUUCAGGGAAAACAAACUGCAUCAAAAAGAAGCAGUAGAAAGAAUGCUUUUGGGGAAGCUGAAAAUUUUGUUUUGGAAAACUCUGCUUCCCAAGAAAAAAUGGGUCUUUCAAAAGGGAACUCAAGGCAAAAAGCAAAUAUCACUUCACUAGCUGUUAGUUCCACUUCACCGCAAGGUAAAAUCGGUUUGCCAGAUAGUGGUAAGAAUGAAGCUCCUAAAGAAGAACAGAGCUUACCUUUGGAAAUAGUGCCAUCUGCCAAUCUAUCAAGAGCGAGCAGAAAGAAAACUGUUUCUUUCAAAUCUGAAGAAGCUGGUUCCACUUUUCUCAGGGAAAAACGUGGUUUGCCCAAAGACAUAGGUCAAAAGGAUAAUCUUGAUGAAAAUGCAUCCCAGGAAAAAACACGGCUAUUGAGGAAUAAAAGAAAAAAGGUAGAAGUUGUAUCAGAGGCAGCUACUUCUACUGCUCUCCAUGAUAAUGGCAACUUGCCAGAAAAUGGUAACACCUCAAAAACUCGAAAUAAGUGUUUGAAAUCCACCGAUCCUGAAAAAAGUAAUCCCUCUAGAAAAGGAAAAGAGGUUAACCUUAUACAGCAGACAAGUUCCACUUCUCGCAGAAGAAAAUGUCAGUUGUCAGAAGAUGACUUAGCAUCCAAAAAAUUAAAAUUGGAGAAUGAUGAAAAUAGAUCUCUACAGAAAGGAAAAAGAAACAAAACUAAAGAAGAACUUGACAAAGGGGAUAGAGGAACCCAGCAGUCAGCUGGAGGAACGGACAGGAAAACAAGAUCAAGCACAAGAACAAGUACAAGAACGAGACAAUACUAUUAACAGUUGCAGAACCAGUUUUUAAAUCAAUGCAGUAACUGAAACUUCGGUUUUUUAAUGUGAAUUGGUUUGCACUCAGAUUUUAAACUCAUAUUUGUAAAGUGAUCAAGGAAUUUUGAUAUUAAAGAAAUAUAUAUUUUUAACAGAUAUAGCUUAAAUAUCUGUUUAAAUCGAUCUGCCUGUAUGUAUAGUGCUUUCUAAAUAAUGGGAAGCUUGUGCAAAACUGCAAACAUAAAAAUAAAUCAUUUUGUAACUGUAUCUAUCCCUUCUUUCUGUUGAUCAGUGCAGCAGCUAGGAAUUCUUAUUACUUUACCAGCUUAUUUGUAAGUUCUUUUCUGCUAAAAUUUUCCUAUGCUUAAGUCUUAUUUUUCAUUGAUGUUCUGUAAAUACUCUUUAAAAAAAAACCCUAUAGGUGUAUUAGCAGAACUAUGUUGAAAUUGUGAUAUUUUUUUAAAAAAAAAAAUCUGAAUUCAUUGUACUGCAAAAUUACAGUUUUGAAAGUCAUUAAAUUUGAAAACAUUUUGA